AUGUUUGAGAACCACGACGUAUUACACAAUGACGAACAAAUGGAAUAUGGCCUGCCAGGACAAGAUCAAUCUACUUCAUCGACUUCAGUUACAAAAGAACCCAAAUGCCAUGAUAUCCAAAAUGCGUCAGGAAACAUCGACCAACCGGAGAACCCGACCUCUAUUGUUUCUGAUUAUAAUAAACAACCUGCAGAGACUAGUUCUCAAGAAAACGUAACGAAUGCCGAAAAUGAUGAGCAAGAUUGCAUCCCUACACCACCAUCAUCCUCUAUUCCGUCUGAUGAUGAUCCUAUCCCUACACCAUCAUUAAUUGGUCCACAAGCAGUCAAGGUUGCUGCAUCAAUU